GGGGUAUAAGACAUAGAUUGAUCUGUAAGACACAAACCUAGCUAGUAACCUAGUCAGGUAAAAGGGAACACCUGAGGAUAACCUAACAAAGUACCUUGUUCCAACAAGAAAUCCAGAAGGGUAAUUUGAGAGAGCUUCUCAAGAAAGAUGCAGAUUUGGCAAUCCAACAAAGAAACCAAGUACAGUAUAAAAAAAAGGGGCCUCAUACCAAGGAUUCCCCGACCGGGAAAAGGCCAUGGUUUCCCUGAUUGAUGUCUAUCACGUUGUGGAAGCCAUAUUCCCGUUAUACGCAGCCAUGAUCUUGGCCUAUGCCUCUGUAAAAUGGUGGAAGCUCUUCACAGCUGACCAAUGCUCAGGCAUCAACAAGUUUGUCGCAAGAUUCUCAAUUCCAUUGUUGUCAUUUCAGGUCAUCUCAUCCAACAACCCCUACAAGAUGAAUCUGAAGCUCAUAUGUGCUGAUUUCCUUCAAAAGUUUCUGGCCUUCCUUGUUUUGGCUGUCAUCGCCAAAAUCAACUCCAGAGGAAGCCUGAGUUGGGUCAUUACAGGUCUCUCGCUAUCAACACUUCCCAAUACCUUGAUCCUGGGAAUCCCACUGUUGAGAGCCAUGUAUGGAGCUGAAGCAGCGGGGUUCCUUGCUCAGAUAGUUGUGCUACAAAGCUUAAUCUGGUACAACCUUUUACUGCUUUUGUUUGAGAUCAAUGCCGCGAGAGGAGUUGACGCCACUCCCCCAUCAACAGUUUCAGAAGAGCUAGAGGCCCCAGAAGCAGCGUCACAAAAAGACGAAGAAGAGGAUGAACCUAACAACAGCCAAGGAAAAAAGUCUAAGAUUGCGCUUCUCCUCUCUACCGUCGGACGGAAGCUCAUAAGCAAUCCCAAUACUCAUGGAACUCUGGCCGGUCUUGUCUGGGCAUGCAUACACUUUAGGUGGGGACUACAGCUUCCAAAGAUAGUUGACAGAUCGAUAACUGUACUGUCGGACGGAGGACUAGGAAUGGCAAUGUUCAGCUUAGGUCUUUUCAUGGCUUCACAGACGGGUAUACUAGCAUGCGGGACCCGAAAAGCAUUGUUAGCCAUGGCAAUGAGGUUUGUGGUGGGUCCAGUUGUGAUGGCAGGAUGCUCCAUUGCUGUUGGAUUGCGAGGAAGAUCGUUUAAAGUAGCCAUUGUACAGGCAGCGCUUCCUCAAGGAAUCGUUCCGUUUGUAUUUGCCAAGGAGUAUCACGUACAUCCCGACAUCCUCAGCACAGGGGUAUUAAUGGGCAUGCUAAUAGCUACACCGAUUGCAUUGGCUUACUACUACCUAUUAGCGUUGUUAUGAAUGAAUGAAGGAGCCUUUUUUCCAACCCGACAUGAAUUUAUUAGUCGGCCGAGUACAAAAAAAAAUGGCAUCCUUUCAUAAUGUUGAUACUCUAUGACAUGAAUAACAGCAACGAAGAAUCCGAAGAAAAGGUAGGAAGACCAGCAGCUGCACCACCAAAUUACAGUCUAAAUAUUCCAAUUCAAGCCUUAGCCGCUCAACAGGUCAGCAAUCAGUAUGGUAUGGUGAUUUGUACUGAAAAGAUGAAGAAAUCGAUGGUUCAGAAAAAAGUAUGUCAUUGAUCCAUAUUCACAAUUCAAUAGUAAUUGGCCAAUUUGUAGCUGCAACCAGUGAAGAAUGUACUAGCACCAGUUAUUAUCUACCAUAUUA